GGGCUUGGACACACCCUCAGCUGUACCUGAGCACAUCAGGUACAAGUGUGGCAGAUUGAGAGCAGCCAGUUUUUGGGAAGUUUGGCAGAAGGUGAAUUAUUCCUUCCCUUGGAGCCCAUUACUUCCAGUGCUGGGUUGUCACCUUUUAUUUUUUUCUUGAGGGCCAGCCAUACUGCCAAAAUAAGGCAGGUAAAUAGUAUUCUUGUCCUUAGAAGUUUUCUCUUUGAACCCUUUGGUACUGUUUAGUCAGUGUAGACAGGGCAGACUCCACAAUCUCCAGAUCCAGAAGGAAGUCCUGGAGACAAAAAUCCAACCUGCCUUGCAGAGCCUGCAAGCAGAGGACAUACUUCACUGCUGAGCUUCUCAAUGCAUCUCUUUCAAAUGAGAUGAGACAUCAAUCACUUUUUGCAACACACACAGCUUUCUCCUGCCCUGUCAGCUCCUUUAGUGGUUUCCCUAUGAGGGGUUCAUUUGAUUACAUUAGCAUACAGCAACAUAACUCCCCACUGAUCUCCAAAACGGAUCAGCAGGAGCCAGCAUGCUCCACCUGCAAGGACAGAUUGUCUGCUCUCAUGUGUAGGCAGGUAUGUGUUCUCAAAGGAACAUAUACUGCCUGAAAAGAUAAGAGGCUUUGGUCUAGAUUUUUGAGGAAAAAAUUCCUUUUUUGUGCGAUAUGGGAUGUUUUCUGAUGUUUAGGUAAGAAAUGAGGAAUUUGCAUCCUCAUUAAGGUAUGCUUGUCCAUCAUAGCUAUUGCACAGAAAUAAAAAUAUACAAUACAUAUUUCUCUAAAAUACACUGAAAAAACUCCACCAAAACCAACCAAACAAGAAAAUUAAAAGACCAAUUUAACAUAGACUUAAUAUAGAUUUACCAUCCUGUUCAAACCUUAUAAUGCUGUCCUGGUGUCUUAUCUAAACAUUUGUGAAGUUGUUUUUCUAUUAAGAAUAGACAGAAAAUACUGGAAUCCCUCCAGAUAACUCAUGUUAUCUUAAGUGAAAUGCCCAGGAGGAGCAGAGGGGGGGUCCUGGUGGCUGUUCUGUGCGUUCCCAUUCUCUGUGUGCUGCAGGGGAUGCAGCUCGGAGUCGCUUCGCUGCUGUGUUUUAAACUGCAGUUAAGUAUGUGAUGAAAUACCGCUGUUUGAGAGGAAAGUUGCUUUCAGCUGUUUGCUUUCCUGUGUCUCUUCCCUCUGCUCUCUCCAGACCGUUCUCUUGGCUUCAGGGAGACAGGCUUUCAGGAAUGUCUCUCAUCCCUUAGGAAAAGCGCUGGAUGAAGACCAAAGAGACCCGCAGAGGGGGGCACAACCCCGGGGGACCCCCCUUUGCUCAAAGUGUUUGUGGAGCUGUGAACCAGGCUGCAAGAGGGAGACGGGCUGGAGGCAGAGGGGAGGGGGAGCUCAUUCCUCCUCCCUCUCUGUCUCACAGCCUUUUGCUCUCCAAGCCCAAAUGCAGCUGAAACCUGACGCCUGGACUGCACACACUGUGAGACGUGGGCAUGCCCUUGCAGUGCACUGAUUUCCUCUGCAGCUUGGAGAGCCAGAGCCACGCUGAGGCUCGGCAGAGGAGUCGCUCCAUCAGGCAGUGAGUGCCACAUCACGGCUCCAGCAUGGUCCUGAGGUUCCUGCUCCUUCUCGGUGCCCUGCUUAGGGCCACCGAGCCAGCACCCCACUGUGAAACCGGCCAGGAGACCCUAGGUCAAUGCCAAACUGUACAGAAAGCCAAAUGCGUGGAUAUCGCCCUGAGUUCCUGUACUGAUGUUGCCUAUACUCAGAUGGUGUAUCCUAACUUUCUGGACCAGAAGUCUCGAGAAGUGACUGAGUACAGCUCUGAGUACCUGCUCAUCAGCGUGCUGCACAACUUGCUCCAGGGGGAAUGCAACCCCGACCUGAGGCUCCUUGGCUGCUCCGUGCUGGCCCCGCGGUGUGAAAAGGACAAAGCCAUAAAGCCCUGCAGGCACGUCUGUGAAAACCUCAAAAAGAGCUGCCUCCCUGCCUUUGAUGCCAUAGACAUGGCCUGGCCCUACUUCUUGGACUGUGACCGCUUCUUUGCUGGGGAGGAGGAGGGGUGCUUCGACCCGCUGGCAAAGCUGCGAGGAGAAGUAGAUGCUGAGGAAGAUUUGCCUUCAGACUUGCCAGCGACUUUCAUUCAGUUCAAACACCAUUCAUAUUCCCAAAUGGUGAGCACCCUGAAGAAGACUGCUUCUAAGUGCUCCCACAUUGCAACAACUUACAGCAUAGGUCGCAGUUUCGAAGGGAAGGAUCUGUUUGUGAUUGAGUUUUCGACCAAGCCUGGACACCAUGAACUGCUCAAGCCAGAAUUUAAGUACAUUGGCAACAUGCAUGGCAAUGAAGUCGUGGGGAAGGAACUGCUGAUAUACCUUGCACAGUAUCUGUGUUCAGAAUAUCUUCUCGGGAACCCUCGCAUCCAGACCUUGAUUAACAACACCAGAAUUCAUCUCCUGCCUUCACUCAAUCCUGAUGGGUAUGAACUGGCUGCAGAAGAGGGGGCUGGUUACAAUGGAUGGGUCAUUGGACGACAGACAGCUCAGAACUUGGACCUGAACAGAAAUUUCCCAGAUCUGACAUCGGAGGCUUACAGAAGAGCUGGGAUUCGUGGGGCCCGUCUGGACCACAUUCCCAUUCCACAGUCCUACUGGUGGGGUAAGGUGGCCCCUGAGACAAAAGCAGUCAUGAAGUGGUUGAGGUCUAUCCCAUUUGUGCUCUCUGCCAGCCUCCAUGGGGGUGAACUGGUUGUGACCUACCCUUAUGACUAUUCAAGGCAUCCUAUGGAAGAAAAAAUGUUCUCUCCUACACCUGAUGAAAAGGUGUUCAAAAUGCUGGCUAAAGCCUAUGCAGAUGCACACCCCGUCAUCUCAGACCGCUCUGAGCUUCGCUGUGGGGGGAAUUUUGUACAACGUGGAGGUAUUAUAAAUGGUGCUGAGUGGUACAGCUUCACUGGAGGUAUGGCAGAUUUUAAUUACCUUCACACAAACUGCUUUGAAGUUACCGUGGAGGUCGGAUGUGAAAAGUUUCCUUUGGAGGAAGAACUGUUCACAAUCUGGCAUGAAAACAAAGGUGCCCUUCUGAAUUACAUGGAAAUGGUUCAUCGUGGGAUAAAAGGAAUUGUGUCCGAUAAGUUUGGCAACCCGAUAAAAAACGCUCGAAUUUCAGUCAGGGGCAUUCAGCAUGAUGUCACCACAGCUGCCGAUGGAGACUACUGGCGGCUCCUGCCCCCAGGGACGUACCUGAUCAGUGCCCAGGCGCCGGGCUACAGCCGGGUGAUGAAGAGGGUCACCAUCCCUGCCAGGAUGAAGCAGGCCGGCCGAGUGGACUUCGUGUUGCGGCCGGCGGAGGCCUGGCCCAGCAAGCUGCUCCGCCGCUCCAUGGAGGACGCGUACGACCCUAAUGACCCGCUGGAACUGUUCGACCCUCACGCCCGGCCCCAGGCUCGAGGAGGGUCGUCCCCAGGCAGGGAGAAGCCCUGGUGGUGGUCGUACUUCAGCUCUCUGGACCUGCACAAGCCUCUGUGGCUGCUCAAGCAGCGCUGAGGGCACCGCUGCGCUCCGCUCGCCACGGUGCCCUUCCACUCCCUUCCAGACACCCUCACGGCUCUUGGCGAUAUUUAAAUGUCUCCUUUGAAAAUAUAAUAUUAAUUCAAGCACGCUUGCUUCUUUUGUUUUCUCUUUGCACAUGACUGAGUAUAUUCAAGUGGGUUUUUAAGUAUUAAAAACAAUGGUGCACAUCCAUUCAAAGGCCAGAUUUUAUGCAGGUUUUUUUUUUUUUCUUGGUAAUGCUCUGUACUUCUGCCCAUGUAGUUAAUCAUCACAUUCAUUAUUUAUUAGAUCCUAAGUACCUGCAGGAAAAUAUUCCUGAUCCUUUAAUGCAUUUUUGUGCAUGUUUUAAUACAUUAAUGAUAACAUGCUAAAAACAACAUUCAGAAACACUCAGAAAACUCUUUUUAUUUUGCCUUUUUACAUUAGCAUAUUAAG